GUGCAGGGAAUUGCCAAUAAAUGUGUUUUAAUUUAAUUGUUCGGCUUCAGUCACUACUCAACUGGAGUUUCCAGUUUGGAAAUGGAGGAGCGGCCAAGAAGCAGUGAGAUUUGGAGAUCCUGGUUUUAAAUUAAUUUUGAGGUGAGACCAUCAUGGAACAACCAAAUAUCGGAAUAGGACCCAACACCACGUUGACCAUUGUUCGAAAUCCUAUCAUCAAGCAAGGAUUUGCCAAAAGGAGCAGCUCUGUUGGGGGACCUGUCCGAUUUCCAACUCCAAUGUUUUUGUCAUCCUCUCCCGGAGGAGUAGGAGGAGGGAGAAUUGGACCACCCACAGUAAUUCGAGUCGCCACUAUGAAUGCCAACACUAUUCCCGAUUUAGCCUCGAUCUAUCUUGUGACAAUAUCCAAGCCGGAAAACAUGUUGCGAGUCACUCUUACUCCGGGAAAAGAGAAUGAACAUACACCAGCGGCAACGAAAGCAAUCAUGAGUAUUUUAGAGCAGAGGGGUCUCUAUGUUCCCAAGAUGAAGGCAUGCAUCAUCAAGACUGGAUCGAAAGAAGCUUACGAUAGGCUGGUUAUAGGUGGGUCGCCUUUCUCAUGGAUACAUCCAACUAGCAAGAAAAGGACGACGUUUUUAGUAAAGUAUGUCGAAGGUAUUCCAAAGGUACAGGUAGCGAAGAACUUGGAGCAGAAUAGGCAGCCAAUUUCUUCAACGCCAUCGUCAACAAGCUCACCCAAAAUGGUAGCAGUGCCUACUAAUAAUUCUGCUCUUGUGCCUCCUCCUCGUACUCCAACCCCACAGUUUACUACCAAACAUAUCCCUUCAACUCAAGGACAACAACAACCGAGACCAAGGGGAAGACCACCAACAAAGAAACAACAAAUCGUGACAGCAGGAAAUGCGGAAGUGUCAUCUAAAACUGUGGUUGCACCCCCACGUGGAGGUAGAGGUCAAACCAAAUCAAAACAGGUCGAGGUUAUCCAAUUGACCUCGGACGAAGAUGAUGAUGACGAUUUUGAAGAUGAUUAUGACGAUGAUGACGACGACGAUGACAGCGAUGAGGAUUAUAGAGAAUCGCUCUUUAUUCCAAAGUCAACAGGAAAUAAGUCUCCUCCUACCACGGCUCAAGCUAAACUAGCUGAUGUUUCCGGUCCUUCAAAUUCUAUGGCAUUAAUUGCUGAAGGACACGUUAGAAGCAAUAACAACAUCUCCAUUUCUAAAUCUGCAAAUGCACGAAGAAAAAGUGUGUCCCAAGUUUUGUCUGCUACCACUGCGGCUGCUGCUGCUGUCAAUUCUACAAAAGUAGUUGAAAAUACGUUCACCACUGUUGUUCGUGGAAAAGUUUGCAGCCUGCCUACGAAAUCGAUUGUUCCUGCAGGGAAAUCGCUUUCAUGUCACUAUAAAAUCCAGGACCUGAAAACGUUUAAAAAAACAUACUCCAAAGCUGGACUAACAUAUCAAGUCCAUCCGUUUUUGGGGGAUAAAUUUUUGAUUGUCAGUUGCCAAAAAACUAUUCCAAAAAAUAUCCCUAGUCAAAACAAGAUGAAAACCAAGCAGCCUGAAAUACCUGUACAAAGGAAUAAGCGUAAACUGAGUCAAGAAAGUAUGAUAAGGGAGCCACUGAAAAAACUUCGAAGUGAUGUCAGAAAAUCAUCCACUCCGGAAGUAAAAUCUGCAAGUAAUAGGCGAACAAGUUCUACUCCUGCUGCUGUAACAAAAACCACGACCACAACUAAAUCUACUGCGCGUCCAAUUACUAGAGAAAUAUCAAUCAGUUCUUCGGACUCCUCUAAUUCUUCGAGUUCUGGCAGUAGUAGUAGCAGCAGCAGUGAUAGUGAAUUCGCCAUUUCCGAAGAUGAUGAGAAAAAUAAAGUUGCACAAGAUACGGGACGAAGAAGCACUCGCCGAGCGGCAGCUAUUAGCAUCAAUAAAAAUCAAAAACCAACUUCGAGUAAAGACAAGGAAAAGGACAAGCAUGUUGUUUUUAAACCGCCACCAAGAUGUUUUAUUGAAGCCAAGCCAUGCAGACCACUACGCAAGUCAUCUGAAGGACGCAUUUAUUUCAGUUUGAAAGCUAAAGUGGGGCCUAGCGAGCACUACAAGAAUGAGGAUUUAUUUGUUAACUGGGAGAAAUUUGUUCGUACCGAGUCUUGUCUUGGAACUUACUAUAAAACACGACUAAUGAAAAAAGUUUACACAACCUUAGUUAUUUAUCAUUUGGAAAGUGAACAUGACAAGUUGCAGGUGGAUCGUAGUGUUGAGUUGGCGAGCGACGGAACCAUAAAAGUUACACUUAUGAGUGAAGAUGUCACAUCUGAAUUUAUGAAAUACGUCAACAUUGACACAAACACUCACUUGAGCUCUCUUUUAACUAAUCUCAUCAACUCCAACCUGUGUCCUGGAUGUCCCAACUAUAGUCUAAUUACGGUCUAUCCAGAAGCAAUAUCUCGUGAUAAUAUUUGGUACUCUAAGAAAUGCUCUCGUGUUGUUUUUCAUGAAGUAGAAAAGUUUACUACUCAACCAAGUGCAAACCAUAACUACUUUACGUCCGACCUACGCUGUGCAGCUUGUAAAGAGUUGAGAAAUCGUCUGGAUGUGGAAAAGACAGAAAUAUUUAAUUUAAACAACAAAUUUAAAAAGAUGGAUGCAAUGAAACUCGGAUCCAAAAGAAGUCGUGCCAAACAACAAAUAGUUUAUGGGAAAUAUAAACCACCUUCUGUAGAAAAAAUACAAGUGCGAAAAGCUCUAAGUGAUCUAUUCCUCGACUUUUGGAAGGAUUUAGGCUUCAAAGAAGAAGCAUUUCCUAACCAAACGUCUAAUCUUAACGUCGACGUCGUAACUGAAAAAGACUUUCCAGAAAUUAAAGAAAUUGAAGAACCAGUCCCAGGAUUACCACCAGCCCUACCAGAAUCAAUACCAAUUCUUGAAAACAUUGAUUUCGAUGAAAAUGGUCAAACAAUGCUCACUUUUUCUGAAAUUCCGCUAAAUCCAUAUGAAACGGGAAUUCAAAAUGUUCAUUUUAUGAACUCGUCAAUGACUUUGCCUCAGAUUUCUACAGAUAUGCUAGACUCCAUUAUGAAUACGUCAGAUCCGGACGUGCUUGUUCAAACGUUGGUGGACAUUCAAACCCCAGGUCAAACUUUUAGUGGAGGUUCCCAACAAUCUUCUGAUUCUCAAGGGAAUAAUAAUUCUACUAUUUCUACUACGAAUAAAAGUAGCAUAAAUUAUCAACACAAUUCCAACCCUCUCACAGAUUCUUCGAUUCCUUCUCAUCAAUUCCCUUGGUCCAGUACAAAUUUAAAUCAAGGUCCACAAUCAGUGACACAUGAUCAUGCCCUUAAUUAUCAAAAUAGCCAACUUCAAUUCCCUUACGACGGCCAGCAAGAGCACCACCAUCACGAUUCGCAUCUCCUCGAAGACAUGCAAAUUCCCGAUUUCCAUGCGGACACAUCAUACUCGGCAACCGGAAUGGAACCCCAUAACAUGAUUAACUUUGAUGAUCCAAAUUUAGAUUUUAAUUUAAACGAUGGUGUAGAGAGUAGUUUAAUGUUUCCAACUUUUAGUUUGACAGAGUUAUGAAAAAAGUGAUAUUUGAUGUAUGAUUUGAUACUUACAUUUAUACCUAUUUAAGUACAUUUGCGUAAUGUAGAUAUACGAAUGUUUAUAUUUGAUGGAAACCGACACGCUAUUUGGACUACUACUUAAUUAGUUAUAACUACUUUUUUUAUACGGCUUGAAAGCUAAUAAAUACAAGGAGCUAGCCUGCAGCGA